UGACGCUACCGACCCCGUUCCUGAUCGUUAGAUUGCUUUAAUCGCAAACUUGGGUUAUAUCUUAUUGUUGUCGAUUACUUUUCUAAUUAGCUAUCUCUUCAAAUUAAUUUUAUCGUUUGACGUAAAAUAUGAAUAAGUCGGUUGAACGUGCUGAAGGGGUUCUCGUUUAUAACCCUAAAACUGUACCUCAUGGUGCCAUACAGUUAAAUCCUUCUGAGGCACUUGCUCUGCGUCUUCAAAUAAUCAAUUCAUGGAACAAACCUCUAGAAGUGUUACCUCUUAAGUUUGGAGGAGAAGCAGUAACAGUAGCUACCUUUUUCUCAAGUUUACUUGUAACUUAUCGCUCAAGAUCGUUUUUUAAUAUGUUCACUAGAGUUGGACUUGCUUUGUCUUUGGUUCCAUGCGUAUUUCUUCCUACUGGCAUUGCACACCACUGUUUUACCCGUUUUGUUUCUAAUCAAAUUCUUGUUGGACCCUCUAAUUCAAUGUUAUAUCCUGACUGUAGUAUUUGCUUACAAAUACGUGAAGCUCUAAUAAUGAAUACGUGUGGAUUGGUCCUACCCCUAGGCUUUGGCUUUCUCUCUUCUGCAGCCUCUGCGCUUAUCACACGAUCUUACCCGGUACCUGACCUGCUUGAUGUUAAAAGUAUGUGGAGAAUGUUCAAACUCUAUAGUAACUCAUUUCGAACUGUUGGCACCUGUUUGCUUUUGGGUCAUACAAUAUUUGGAACAGCAUUGGUAUACGCUAUGAUGGAUAGUAAUCAACGUGUUCUCAGGCAGCAAAAGUUUAGUCCCAGUAGUGAUUCAUAUAAUGGAUGAUUCAUUGCAAACUAAAUCGAACUUUAGUGCUUGUUGUAAAUUGGUUACAAUUAAACUAAUAUAGAUUUACUUUACUGCACUAAUCUUCUUAACUCUUAAUUAUAUUUGAAAAAGUUAUCGACCUAAUUUUAUCCAAACUACAGGCAGCAAAAUGUCAGACGAAUACACAAAGAUAAAUGUAAGCAUUGGCGGCUGCAAAAAUUGCGUGUCCUGUCUUCAUCACUUACUUGAAAAGUAUGCUGAUAUAAAGGAAUAUAUAAUUAGUUCUGAGGAGAAUCUCAUAUCAGUACAUCCAGUUUAUGUAAAACGAGUGACCAGCCUUUUAAAAUUUGUUGGAUUGGAUAUUAAAGAUGUCGAUAAUCAUUUAUCAGUUUACAGUAAGGACAGUAAAGCCGAGUCAAACGAUGACAUCUACUUCUUAUCAGAGUUAGAUGAUAACUCACAAAUCAAUUCUAUGGCAUCUAAACGCAAACAACUAGACGGUCAUCUUAUUAUGAAACGAAACAACCACUCCAUUAUCGCCUCCGAAUUAGUAGCAAUACUUCCGCAUGAAGUUGAAUGUUGUCGACCACAUUUAGUACCAGGUUGGUGUGUUGCAGUUCAUUCAGAACAUCAUCUAAGUAAAAUAAAUCAAUAUUUACAAUCAUUUGUUCCACUCCCUGGGGAGCUCAGUCAUAUUAAACGAAUAGACAGUUGCCGAUCAUAUGAAAAUAAAUCAACUUAUGUCUUUUUGCAGAUAGCCAGAUCAAGCUACACAUGGCUAGAUGCCAAUGAAACUUUGAAAUCUAUGGUCGACUUACUACAAUUGAAUUCAUCCGAUCACCAGUUUAUUAGCACAUCCCCAACACCCUGCUGGAUACCACUUCAUGCACCAAUAACUCGCAAGCAUCAGCUCCUCUACUCAUUUUCAAAUGAAUCACAAGAGAAGAGAUUUUCAACGUUCAAAAAUUCACUUAAUGAACCAAUUAUUUUAGGUUGGCCAUCCACUUUACGAGCCUGUCCCGAGCUUGAGGAACUAGUGAAUGUUGGACGAAGCUUGUCGUUAUCAUGUUUCUCAGAAUUAGAGCUAAAAAAGCAUUCAUUAUGGCUCAAACGUGUUUCUACCUUGUCAAAACAAGUGCAAGAACUAAGUGAUAUACACCCACAAUCAUGUGCAGGCGUUGAUGGUCCGGCUUGUGCAGUCAUCAUAGUUGAUCCAGAAUCGAAUAUUGCAUUAGUAGAAUCAACUACACCUACGGUAACAUCAGAUAUAUCUUGGUUAGAUCAUGCAGCAUUACUUGCUGUGUCAGCUGUUGCUAAAUUAAAACAGAAUACAGGAAAUCAGUACUCUGAUUCUUACUUGUGUACAGGUUUUGAUGCAUACUUUUCACUCGAACCAUGUCUGAUGUGUGGUAUGGCUCUGCUUCAUAAUCGCAUUCGGCGAGUUUUCUGCUGCCAAAAGCUUGCGGGCGACGGCGCAUUUAGUAAUGCAAGCCGUCUUCACGUGCAGGAACAAUUAAACCAUCGUUUCCGAGUAUUUAGUCCGCCGUAAAUGUCUAUGGGAUUUGUUUUAUAUCAACAUAUUGGCAAUAAAUGAAAAAUAAACUACAUCCUUUUGUCUUUUUAUCAGGGAAGUGAUUUCACAUCAUAUGUUGUGGCGCUAAUUAUGACUAAAUAUAUUCCGCCUCGUUAAUUGUGGACUUCUACUGUAUAUGCUCGGGCGCAUUUAGCUUACAAAUCCUUACUAUUUCGGCUUAUUAUAAAUGACGAUAACAUCCAAAUUUUAUAUCAAAAGAUCUGUACACUAUUUGUGAUACUUAAGCAUUUUGUUACUUCUCAGAGUUUAACUACUUGAAACCAGCCAUGUUAACCAAGUGAACCUUGAAAAUGCGGAACUAGCUAUCGAUUAACAUAAAUUGUUUGCGACGAUUUUAAAUAUGCCUUUAAUUAAAACGAACGGAUAUUAAGGUUUUGUCCAUUCCUCUGCAAACACUUUGUUAAAUAUUAUGGAAUAAUCUUGAUCUCUUUUGUCGU